AUGAGGUCACAGCGGGGCCGGGGAUCCAUGGCCAUGUCCUGCUCCCUCCUGCUCCUCCUGCUGCUGCUGCGCCCCUGGGGGGCGGGCGGCUGCCUGCACUGCGACCGGCCCUUCCUGCGGGGGGCUGGGGAUGUCCGCGGGAUGCUGGCUGUGAAAGCUGCUCUGAGCAGCUGGCUGAGGACUCUCAAGGAGACGCCUUGGAAAGGGGUUCACCUGCUGCAGCUGACGCUGGCCCAGCACCGUGACUCCCUGCGAACCCGCCUCCGAGAGGCCCUGGAGAGCUUCGCCGACUUGGCCUGCUCCGAGGACUGCACGGUUACAGAGGGGCCAGUUCUCGACUGCUGGACCUGCCUUCGCAUCAAUGCCCAGUGCUUCGACGGGGAGCUCUGCGGAGAGGAGGACCCGCGGGAUGCGGAGAGGAAGGAAAUCACCCUCUAUCUCUUCCUGGUCUGCCAGUCCGUGCUGCUGGCCUCGGCCCGCCCUGUUGUACUGCGUGUGCUGCCGACACCGCAGGUGGCUGGAGGACAGGGCCUGGGCCAGACAGGGCAGGUGGCUGGCGUGUUAGCCAGGAAGAGCAGGGCGCCCAUUGCACAGCACCACGGAGACGCCGUGUCCGGGCGACUGGCCGGGCCCAGGGGGCCGGGGGCCGGGUGGAGGAGGGAGGCAGCCCAGAAGAACCAGGUGCUGAAGGCCCUGCGGGAGCUGCAGGCCCAGCUGACGGAGCUGCAGGAGGACGUGGAGACGGAGCGGGCGGCUCGGGCCAAGGCCGAGAAGCAGCGACGGGACCUGGGCGAGGAGCUGGAGGCCCUGAAAACCGAGCUGGAGGAUACGCUGGACUCCACAGCCACCCAGCAGGAGCUACGGUCGAAGCGGGAGCAGGAGGUGGCCGAGCUGAAGAAGGGGAUCGAGGACGAGGUGAAGGUGCACGAGGCCCAGGUGGUGGAGAUGCGCCAGCGACAUGCCCACGCCCUGGAGGAGCUGUCCGAGCAGCUGGAGCAGUCGCGCCGGGUGAAAGGCGCCCUGGAGAAGGCGAAGCAGACGCUGGAGGGGGAGAAGGUGGAGCUGGUGCAGGAGGUGAAGGGACUGCAGGCCGCCCGGCUGGACUCAGACCAGCGCCGCAAGAAGCUGGAAGGGCAGGUGCAGGAGCUGCAGAUCCGGGCCAGCGAGGCCGAGCGAGCCAAGGCCGAGCUCGCCGACCGCGUGGGCAAGCUGCAGAGUGAGCUGGACAGCGUCUCGGGGGCCCUGGGCACCACGGAGUCGAAGACGACCAAGCUCGCCAAGGAGCUGGCCAGCGUGGAGUCCCACCUGCAGGAUGCCCAGGAGCUGCUGCAGGAGGAGACGCGGCAGAAGCUGGCGCUGGGCUCGCGGGUGCGGCAGCUGGAGGAGGAGAAGGGCGCCGUGCUGGAGCAGCUGGAGGAGGAGGAGGCUGCGAAGGCCAACUUCAGCCGCCAGAUCCAGGCCCUGCAGCAGCAGGUGGUGGAUGCGCGGCGGAAGUUGGAGGAGGACGCGGGCACGGCGGAGGCGCUGGAGGAGGCCCGGCGGCGGGCGGCCCGGGAGCUGGAGCUGCUGGGGCAGCGCUGGGAGGAGAAGGCGCAAGCGGCUGAGAAGCUGGAGAAGACCCGGGCGCGGCUGCAGCAGGAGCUGGACGACGCCAGCCUGGAGCUGGGCCAGCAGCGCCAGGCUGUGGCCAACCUGGAGCGCCGGCAGAAGAAGUUUGACCAGAUGCUGGCGGAGGAGAAGCUGGUGUCGGCGCGCCACGCGGAGGAGCGGGACCGGGCCGAGGCCGAGGCCCGGGAGAAGGAGACCAAGGUGCUGUCGCUGACCCGGGCGCUGGAGGAGUCGCUGGAGCUGCGGGAGGAGCUGGACCGGCAGAACAAGCAGCUCCGGGCUGAGCUGGACGACCUGGUCAGCUCCAAGGACGACGUCGGCAAGAACGUGCACGAGCUGGAGCGGUCGAAGCGGGCGCUGGAGCAGCAGGUGCAGGAGAUGCGGGCGCAGCUGGAGGAGCUGGAGGACGAGCUGCAGGCCACGGAGGACGGGAAGCUGCGGCUGGAGGUGACCCUGCAGGCCAUGAAGGCGCAGCACGAGCGGGACCUGCAGAGCCGCGACGACAGCAACGACGACAAGAAGAAGCUGCUUGCCAAGCAGGUGCGGGACCUGGAGCAGGAGCUGGAUGGCGAGCGGAAGCAGCGGGCCCAGGUGGGGGCGGCGCGGAAGAAGCUGGAGCUGGACCUGCAGGAGGUGCUGGGACAGAUCGACGCCGCCAACAAGGGGCGCGAAGAGGCUGUCAAGCAGCUCCGGAAACUGCAGGCCCAGAUGAAGGAGCUGUGGCGGGAGAUGGAGGAGUCGCGCACGUCCCGCGAGGAGAUCUUCAUCCAGUCCAGGGAGAACGAGAAGAAGCUGAAAAACUUGGAGGCGGAGCUACUUCAGCUGCAGGAGGAGCUGGCGGCGGCCGAGCGAGCCAAGCGGCAGGCGCAGCAGGAGCGUGACGACCUGGCCGACGAGCUGGCCAAUGGCGCCAGCGGCAAGUCGGCGCUGCUGGAUGAGAAGCGGCACCUGGAGGCCCGGAUUGGGCAGCUGGAGGAGGAGCUGGACGAGGAGCAGAGCAACACGGAGCUGCUGAACGACCGUUACCGCAAGCUGAGCCUGCAGGUGGAGACGCUGACGACGGAGCUGGGGGCCGAGCGCAGCUUCUCGCAGAAGGCGGAGAACGCCCGGCAGCAGAUGGAGCGGCAGAACAAGGAGCUGCGGGCCAAGCUGGGCGAGCUGGACUCCUCCGUCAAGGCCAAGUACAAGCUGACCAUCGCCACCCUGGAGGCCAAGGUGGCCCAGCUGGAGGAGCAGUUGGAGCAGGAGUCCAGGGAGCGGAUCCUGUCUGGGAAGCUGGUGCGUCGGGCGGAGAAGCGGCUGAAGGAGGUGGUGCUGCAGGUGGAGGAGGAGCGUCGGAGCGCCGACCAGUUCAAGGACCAGGUGGAGAAGGGCCACAUCCGGCUGAAGCAGCUGAAGCGGCAGCUGGAGGAGGCGGAGGAGGAGGUGUCGCGGGCGAACUCCAGCCGGCGCCGCAUGCAGCGGGAGCUGGACGACGUCACUGAGUCGGCCGAGUCCAUGAACCGCGAGGUCACCACGCUGCGCAACCGGCUCAGGCGCGGCCCCCUGACGUUCACCACCCGCACGGUGCGUCAGGUCUUCCGGCUGGAGGGCGUCUCAGACGAUGAGGCCGACGGGCCCGACGCGGAGACCCCGGCCCCCGACCACCAGCCGCAGCCCCCCCCGGCCGAGCCCCCCGCCCCGUGA